AAAAUUGACGGUAUAUAGCUUUUUCUGUUUCCAAAAAGACUGAAAAUAUAAUAUAGAAGCAGAUUUUAGGGUUCAACCACAAAGGGGUAGAAGAUUGGGGUUUGUUUAGCUAACGAAGAACGGAGAAAUUCAGCUCAGGUGAAUAGAUCCGUCGCCGGAGAGAUAUGUCGGAUUAUUUGCCCGAAGAAUUGUUGCUUGAUAUCUUCACAAAACUACCAGUCAAAUCAAUCCUCCGAUGCAGAAGUGUUUGCAAGUCAUGGUAUUCUCUUCUUACUAGCCCUAGCUUUACCUUCACACAUCUCAAUCGAAAACGAGAUGAUCAUAUGCUAAUUAGAAAUUACGCUAAAAACACCCGAAGAAUAGAUAUGUAUCCUUUGUUUGGUAACAAUGAGAGGUUGGAUCCGGACGAUUUCUUAGAUUUUUUAUUUCGUAGAGGUUCCGUUAGUAUAGUGGGUAGUUUUAAUGGUAUUUUGUGCCUUGCAGACACCGACACCGAUACUGACACCUUGACCCAUUUAUAUUUUUGUAACCUAUCCAUCAGAAAGUCGGUAAAACUCCCAGAACCAGUUUAUUUAUGUAAUGAUAGAAAUACCUUUGGUUAUACACUGGGGUUUGGGUUUGAUCCGGUUACUAAUGACUACAAGGUGGUAAGAGUAGUACACACUAAGGGUCAUUCUGUGUCACCUCAUGCUGAUCUUUAUAAGUUAAGUACUGGUGUUUGGGAAGACAUUACCCAUGUCCUCGGGCCUUACAUAUUCAUUGCCAUUGCGCCACAGGUGUAUGUGAACGGCGCUUGUCAUUGGAUUACUACCAAAUUGGAGUUUACACCAGUUCGGAGGAAUUGGAGGGUGAUUGUUGUGUUCAACAUGCAUGAUGAGACAUUCUCAGAUAUGAUAUUGCCGAGUAGUUUAAUCAAUGAGUCACAAACACAUUUUGAUGAAGUCUUCCUUUUUGUGUUAGAGGAAUCUCUUUGUUUGGUUGAUAAUAACUAUGACAAACGUGAACCUAUUAAGAUUUGGAUGAUGAAAGAGUAUGGUGCACCAGACUCCUGGGAGAAACAGUUCAGCAUCCAAAAUUAUCACUUUCCACAACAUAUUCCUCUUCGUGAUGACAUUUUUUGGACACCUUAUUUUGGAAGAGCUGCUCCAACUGAGUUUGAGAUUGCUACUGACUUUAUGAAGCCAAUGGCUAUAAGGAAAAAUGGUGAAAUCUUAUGGAAAGGUAACCAAAGAUUAUUGGUUUCAGUUGAUCAUACAAUUGAUAGGUUUAAAGAUGUUGACAUUGGUAACUCAUCAAAUGAUUGGUGUUACAAUCCACGCUAUGUUAAUUUUUACAAAGAGAGCCUUGUUUUACCUGAUAGAUGGACAAAUAAUUGUGUUGGAGAUGCUUGUGAGGAGGCAUCUGAUUUAUGGAAGAGAGAGCCCAAAGAUGGGAAAAGAAGGAUCUCAAGGGCAAAAUCUAAAUUUAGAAUGCGGAGUGCAUCUCUUUCUCACAUGAGUGGAUUGCGGAAGAAAGAAAGGAAGAGCAUGCAAGUCAAAAAACCUUCAUUGUCCAAUUAGUUAGCUAUGUUGCACUUGAAGUCCUUUAGCUCAGGUUCAGGCUGACAUUGAAGACCUCUUUUGAUGUAUUGUGGAAGGUCAAAGUUUCCAUGUGCCAGAAGUGUAUGGCACAUUUAAUACCCUAGGGGGGAACAGGCCCAACAGUAGUAAGGAGGGUAUAACACUUGUAGCGACAAAAAAAUUGGGAGCAACAAAUUUUAUAUCCAUGGAUGCUGGACAAACAAGCAAACGCCCCAACUCUGAUAAGAAAGAUGAUGAUAGAAAUUUACUGAGCUUCCCUUGUUUCCUGCUUUUGACAAUGGAAAUCCUCACUCCAUCUAUGAGAAAGGUUCAACAUCAGGUCUUGUAAUAAAAACUUGCUGUACAGCUAAGCCAGCCAUUCAUUACUAAAGGUUUGUUUUACAUCUGGUUUGGAUCGUUGUUACCCAUUGUAUCGUAUUAUAUCUUACAAAAAAACUUUUUUUGAUUACUAUUUAAAAUAUAUUAAAUUGUAUUGCUAAAUCCGUCAUUACGUAACAAUGAAAAGCGCCCAUUUAUGUAAUGACCUAUUUGGUUUGAUCGCGUUGUUACCUAAUUUCUCUUUCAAAUUAUGUCCUUAAUAUUUUUUUUUUACCCUAUAAUAUUUAACUCCACCCAAAUACCAUAUCCUAUGUUUGUACUCUUUUUCUUUCUGUAUAGUUAACUAUGUUAUUUGCUCAGCUUUCUGCCCUUGUUUCGAAAUUACAGGUACCUUUCUUUGUCCAUAACCAUAUUUUUAAAGUUCCUUUUCUGCUUUACUAUAUCUCAGUUUAUGGAGGACCUUUAUUGCAUUUCUUUAUUUUCAUCACAUCUAUUUCUUAUGAACUUUAACAUGCAAACAAUGUUAUAGUUGCAAAGAGAGCCUGGGCCAGUUAACAAUUAAUAACACUACUUAUUGAAAAACACUUACUUUGCUAUAAGUUCUGGACCAUGUAUGAUAUACUUGAUCCCAAAAGAAAAGUAUCUUUUCAAAAAUAUUUUUGAAAAUAAUUAUGUUUGAGUUGCAUGUCUCGGUUGUUUUUGAAGUGAGCAGAUCAUAUUCUAUGUUGCAUGUGCUAUUUAGUAGUUUAUGUUCAUACAAUCAGUUGCAUGAAUUUAAUUGUGUUUGUUUUUGGCUUGGGUUUGAUUUUUUUCUUUAAAUUUGUACACCUAAGCCCAAACAUUAUUGUAGCUCUUUUUGGUUUAUUAAAAAAAUGUGGAAUUUGGUAAUGUGAUUCACCUAGUCAAAAUCCCUCUAAACAGUAUUUUUGUCAUACUUAAACAAUAUUGAAUCGUUGACAUCUUUCAAUUAUUUAUUUGCUAGAUUAGGCCGGUUAACAAUAAAUAUAUCCAUAUUUUAUAAAUGUGAAAGUGCCGCUUAAUUUUUAUUCAGAUUUAUUUUUGCAUGUACGUAGUUUCAUUAAUUUCAUUUGAAUUUGCAUGAAUUUAAUAACUUGGUAUAUUUACAAAGCAUCAUUUGUGACAAAUUAGCAGAAAUAUGCUGUCUUAAUUUUAUUUUUUUUGAAAUUGGUGAUAAAAUUAUUUUAUACAACAGUUUAGGGUAUUUUAGUAAACUUACCAGUUACAAUAUAACAUGAUACAAUCAAGCCAAACAAGAAAAAUAUUAUUGUCAACAACAAACGAUACAAUCUACCCAAACAUUGUUCCAAAAAAUAAUACAAUACAUUGUGAAAUGAUGGGCUACAAUAAUACAAACAUAGUGAAUAGUCUCAUGUUUAAUUAAACCAUUAUGUGUUCUCAUUCUUUCACUCCUUCCACAGUUCCACCGUUCAGUGUAUCCAGGUCACUGGCAAAAUAAGAACUGCUCUGAAUAUUGAACUAUGAUCAAACUAUGUAUCAUUUAAAAAAGUUUCUAUUUGUAAAUUUUGUUGUGCCAGUCGUAUGGUUAAGAUAAUUUCACACCAAAUGCGAACUAAUUUGUGUGCUCUAUAUUUAGGAAAUCAUGAAAACAUAAACACUUCCGGACAUACAUUAGAACGUAUAGUAGUUUAUUUGCAUUUACACCGCUUGGUGUGCAUUACGAUACAGACUUGACACAAAGAAAUUGUGGUAUCUAUACGUUUAGAGUUCAAGAACGAAUGUACCAUCUGAUAAAUGAUUUGUAUCCUGGUGACAAGAAACCAAUAAAUUUGCAACUCUACUUUUACUACAGUGAUGAUGAAUUUUAGUAAAUAGAAUGUCAUGUUCUGAUAAGGUCAAUGACUCUAUAGUGUGAGAACUAAUGGAUAUGCUGAGAAAUGAGAAUUAACCCAUAUUCCUUUUUUAUCUGAUCUUUGAUAGAUAUUAUGCUGCUACAUAAUUUCUGCAUUACGUUCUCGUAGGUAGCCAUGUACCUCAUGGACAUUGUUUUAUUGUUAAUUCUGAGCACUGCAUUUUUUCCGAAGGGAAUGGAAUAUUUGUAGAACACUAACAGCAUUACCUGUUCAUAAAAAAUUAUGUUGAUCUUAGCCCUCUGUUCAUGUGAUGAUGUUGUUAGGUUGUGCAGAUUUGGAUACACUUCUUGGCCAUGUUUAUUUAUCAUUUUUUCUCUUCAGCUUUGGGCAAUCUAACUAAUUUGUAAAUUGUUAAUUAGUAGUGUGAGUUCCUGCCUUUCUGUAAUAUUCUCACUUGAGCUCAUGCUCUUUUGUAAUAUUCUGAAAAUUGGCAUCUCUACCGAUCAAUGAUGCCUCUUCCAGCCUUCGAUAACUUUACUUACCCUUUGUUCGUUUCUUUUAGCCUAUAUUUUCUAUUAACGUCUUCACUUUGAGGCCUUCUCUUAUCACCUUGUUUAGUCUUCUGUUAAAUCUCUAUUCCAUAUAGAUAAGAGGAUUGCAUGUUGUAUGUGCUUCUUUCUGCUAUAGGUAAGGACCCCACUGAUAUUGAUAUACUCAACCACUGACUUAUCCUACAAGCAUCUUUCUGCUCCAACUUUCCAGUAAUGGUACCACAAAAGGCACAUCUUCAUCAGAUUUUAGAUUUUAGCCUUUGGUUUUCUUUCCUAUUAGUUAGCUGCACACCCAUUGCUUCCUAGCAGCUUUAUUACUUGGUAAGUAAACACCUCAACGACUAUCUUGUCUUCUAAUACUACAAUACAAUCAUACUAUUUAUCAACCAUUAGAGUUCAGUAAACUUCUUCUUACGCCCUCGGAUCACAGCCGCGACUCCACGUAAACCGAAUGGCUUUGAGAACUGUCCUUGGUCACUUCCUAUAUCUGUCAGCGUUUCAUCGCUUCAUAUUACUGCUUAUUUUACUGGUAACGUUGUCCUCUUUAGACAAAAUCUACAUAUAUAAUUAUUAACCAACUGAUUUAUCUUUUUCCUUGCAGAAUUCUGCAAGAGUGACCAUUUGAUCUACCAUAAGCUAAACUAUAGUUCCCUUGACAGACGACCAUUGUUGAACAAGCGACAUUCCAUCAACGAGCUCCUAGAUGUUGGCACAACCGCUUGUUCAGCAAUGAUUCUGCUGCCAAGUGAACUUUGGUUUGCACUGGCUCAACACUUCUGUUAAGGUAUGUGAGCCUGUGCUGCUUAUUCUGAUGUCGGUGAUGUGUGUGGUUUUCCCUUGUCCGAGGAGAGGGACAGUAUUGAAAGAUGAUUUUUGUUUGGUUCUACUUGUAGACGACAUAUAAUAAGUAACUUGAUUUACAACCAAGGGUAAUAUUGGUAUUUCCUUUUGACAUUUUUCUUUGCUUAUUUCAGUUGCGCACUCCAUUAGCCACCACAAAGUUUUUAUUCCACUGAUUUUACCUUUCAUGCCUGCACCCAGAACAUUUUUGCUCCAAACAGGGAAGAGCUUUCUUACUCUUUCCUGUUUGUUUUUUCUGUCAAUUUCCAAACGUUUUCUUCUUCAUUUGUUCAUCUUUAAUUGUACUUGCAAUUAUCAAGUCAGCUACUUCAGUUUUUGGUCAAAUCUGGCUUAAUCUUCUCAAGAUUGCUUCUUCCAAUUUUCCAGGUUAGCUCUACUUCUUCAAUUCUCCGUCAAACAUUAUUUUUUUUCUUGAAUGUUGUCUGAUCCAUCUCUAUCUAUUUGGGAGAGCUAGCUCAGAUACGAGGGAAAACAUCCCUAUAUUCACUACUGCCAUCUUUGUACGUAAAAGGAUAUCUUUCUUGGCGUUUGGUUAUGAUAAAUAUAUUUCUCUAAGUUCUUUUGUUGCAAUUUUUGCAUUGAAAUUAUCUUCUUUAAGGAGAUGGAAGUGACCAAGCAUAUGCUACUCAUACCUUAUCGCUCUGCUAAGUAGUGCUCUUAACAAAAGAAAGGUAAAACAGAUAUUGGUUCUUAAUAAGAUAAGCAAGUCCAAACUUUUAUUGUUUUAGGUAUAUUGGCUCCCUAACAGUACCACAGGAUGUUAUCUGGAAUAUUGAUUGAAAGGUGAAAACCAUAUGAAACUGAUCCCAGAUGCUGUUCAUGACGCUAGUUGCUGCCAAAUUAAAUUUCAGCAAUAUGAAUUUUCUUUCCUAAUUGUAUUUCAUCCAUUAUACUAGUAUAUAUUGCUUUAUAUAUUUGGAUCCAACUCUUCUGAAACUUACCUUGCUUGAUUCCCCACCCUGUUCUUCAGUUAUAAUCUAUAGAUACUGUUAUACAUAUACAACUUCAAUAAAGAUACUGUUUUCUUGACUUAAUUUUUUUUCUUCUUUUUGUUGUUUAUCACAGGAAUCUGAAAUCAAUGCAAGACCAGGACCAGCUCAGCCACUAAAAUAGAAGUGAAUUGAUUUUGUAGCUAUAGUUUCAAAAGCAUACCUUACACCCUUCAAAUCAUAUUGUUGUUACUGCUGUUGAUCAUAUAGAAAUUGUGCAGAGAAAUGAUUUUUUGGCUCUUUACAAUUUUUUUUUUAGUUUUAUGUCUUUUUUUUUUAAAGAGAUCUAUUAAAGGUCAUCUACUUCGAUUCAAAUUGUAAGAGGACAAGAGAUCUUAGUUCCUCGGAAAAAAAGUGUAUACCUUCGACUA